GUUCGUCACUGGCGGAGAAAACCGAAGCCGCCCGAGGAGCCGAGCGCCAGUCUGCCAUGUAAACAAGGUCAGACACUGCAGCACACAGCCCGAACUCUUCCUCCGGACCCGGCACGGCCGCUAGCUGUUAAAGAAAGACCACAAGAACUUAUUAACAAAACCCUCCCGAGGAGAAAGGACUCCUUUCACAGAGCAGCCAACAUGAUGCAGUGUUUUCACUUCAUGGUGGAGCCGGCCAAAAACUUUACGGCCAAGAUAAAGGAAUCGCACAAGAGAGCGAAGAACGAGAAGAGGGAGCCUCUGGAUGAGGAUCAGCUGUUCGUUGUGGACCUAGCUAGAGAUCUAAGCCGAGUGUGCCAGAGGUCCUCAGUCCUGGAGCUCAUCUGGAACCUUGAUGACACCUGGCCCACCUCUCUCUGCAAGGUCUUCAUCCUGCAGUGGGCCUCCAUGUUGGAGAGCAAGAAGAGGCCGAUGCAGACGGACGGCUGGCCAGAGGUGGAACAGGUGCAGCCUGAUAUGAUUAAUGAGCAGGACCUGCUUCAGGCCAAAGCUGGGAUCCUCAACUGGAUCAAGGACCUGAGAGCUCAGCCCGAGCAGAGCGUGUGGCCCGGGGAACCUGUGGCGAAGGCCCUGGAGGACCUGCAGUCCGCGUGGCGCUGGGGCCGCGCACCCAACCUGCUGGCUGCCAUGGAGCUGGUUUUCUGGACUCUAAUGGUGCAACGGCCUGAUAAGGACACCAUCCCGCAGCAGUGGCUCAUGUGGAAGCAGAAGACUCAGACCAUUGGUGCCAUAUCCUACAUUCCUCAAUCAGUGUGGGACUGGAUCUCAGAUGCAGCCGUGGAGGUGACUCUGGAUCUGGACACGGCCAACCCUGACCUGCUCAUCACAGACGAGAGGCGGAUGCGCUGCGGCUUCGAGAGGAAGGACAUUCCCAACUACCACCAACGCUUCGACGGCUGGUGGUGCGCCGUCGGGCUGGAGGGCUUCAGCUCCGGCCGCCACUACUGGGAGGUGGAGGUGGGCGAGCGCGACUGGAGGCUGGGCGUGGCCAAGGAGUCGGCCCUGAGGAAAGGCUUCAAGUCCCUGAACACGGACACGGGCUACCUGAGCCUGCGGCUGGAGCGCGGCACCGAGCUGAAGGCCCUGACGGUGCCGUUCACCGCCCUGCCGGCCGGCCUCAUCCCCCGCAAGGUGGGCGUCUACGUCGACUACGACCGCGGCCAGCUGUCCUUCUACGACGCCGACAAGCACCUGCACAUUUACACCUACAACGAGAGCUUCGACGAGAGGCUGUUCCCCUUGUUCGGCACGGUGGAGAUCAUCAAGGAUCUGGUGAUCAAGUCUCCGGCGGCCAGGAGCCAAUGUAUCUGCCCGGCUCCCUGCCUCUGGGGUUGAGUCUGCCCCCCCGCUGUCACCUCUUCCUUCAAACUCCAUUAGUAAUAAAGUACAACGAAUGGAUGUGUAAUAAUCACUGGGAGGAAUCAGAGAUCCGGGAGGUGAAAGGCUGUCGUUGUGCUGUUGAAUAGCUCCACUAUGUGACCCCCUCUCUAUGCUGCUGCUGCUGCUGCUUUAAUGUGAUUGUCGCAACCACUUCCUCACUAUAGAGUUACAGCGCUCGUCUUUGCUCACAUGUAUUUUCUGUAUUUUCAAAAAACAAAAACAAAAACAAUCGUAUUAAUAUAACUUGUUGUGCAAAAUUAACCCAGCAGUGAGAAUGCAUUGCUGUCUGUGAAUGAUCAAUAAACCAAAUCUAAGUCUUA